AUGCCGUCCCCACCACCUGACUGGGUCAAGGCUCUGAAGCCUUCGGGCCCGCAGGGUUCCGAGCUGCUCGCCGAAGAGCGGGCCCAAUCCAACGUCGACGUCGAGAAACUGUCCGAGCUGCUCCACACCAAGGAAGCCUUGCAAAGGACACAAAAGAUCUUGGCUAUCGUACAGCCGGAGAAGGUCUUUGACAAAUCCCAAAACCACUCUCUUGGUCGCGUGGAGCGUCUGCAGCGAUCUUUGGCCAAGGCCAAGCGCUUGCAACAGCUGGCCGAACAGGAGAAAUGGACCACGGAGGAGCUUCAUACCGCCAAUGAUCUCAUUGGUGAGCCCACACCAUAUGGCCUCCAUGCGACCAUGUUCCUGGUGACCCUCCGCGAACAAGGUACCCCCGAGCAACACAAGCUUUUCCUCGAACGUGCCGAAAAAUACGAGAUCAUCGGUUGCUAUGCUCAGACAGAGUUGGGCCACGGAUCUAACGUCCGUGGUCUUGAGACCACCGCCACCUGGAACCCCGAUGAUAAGACCUUCACCAUCACCUCCCCAACCCUGACUGCCUCCAAGUGGUGGAUUGGCUCCUUGGGCCGCACCGCCAACCAUGCCGUCGUGAUGGCACAGCUGUUCAUUGGCGGAAAGAACUUCGGUCCUCACCCGUUCGUGGUACAAGUGCGUGAUCUCAAAACUCACCAACCGCUGGAGAACGUGUACGUGGGCGACAUCGGUCCCAAGUUCGGCUACAACACUAUGGACAACGGCUUCCUGCUGUUCAACAACGUCAAGGUUCCCCACGUCAACAUGCUGGCCCGCUUCUCAAGCAUUGACAAGGAGACCAACAAAUAUGCCCGCCCUGCUGUGCCAAGUUUGGUAUACGGCACCCUGACCUGGGUUCGCUCCAACAUUGUUCUUCAAGCCGGUGGUGUCCUGGCCCGCGGUGUUACUAUUGCGACACGGUACGCCGCUGUUCGCAGACAAUUCCAGGACCGUGAUGCAGAGCCCCACGCUGGUGAAAACCAAGUCCUCAACUACAAGAUGGUGCAGAUCCGUCUGUUGCCACUGUUGGCAUCUAUGUAUGCUCUGCAUUUCACUGGUCGUGGUAUGAUGCGUCUGUACCAGGAGAACCAAAAGCGCAUGAAGGCAGCCGCUUCGCCGGGUCAGGAUUCUCGUGGAGCUGGCCCUGAGGAGCUUCGGGCUGGUGCCGACCUGCUGGCAGAUCUGCACGCCACUUCUUGCGGUCUGAAGGCUUUGGCCAGUACCACCGCCGGUGAAGGUCUUGAAGUGUGUCGUCGCGCAUGUGGUGGUCACGGCUAUAGCAGCUACAGUGGUAUUGGGCCAUGGUACUCUGACUACCUUCCCACUCUCACCUGGGAGGGUGACAACUACAUGUUGACCCAACAGGUCGCUCGUUACCUGCUUAAAUCUGCCCGUGCCGGCCUAUCUGGCAAGGCUGCUGAUAAUGAUACUGCCCGCAUUUUGCGCAACUACCUUGACCGUCGGGAAAAGGGUGCCUCUUUCGAUGUGCUUGAGGAAGACGCCGAUAUCGUGGCUGCUUUCGCUUGGCGUACAGCCCACUUGACUUUCGAGGCUUUGAAACACCGUGAUGCUGAGAAGCGUUCAUGGAACAGCCUGUUGGUUGACUUCUGGCGCCUUUCGACCGCUCACUCUCAGUACCUUGUGGUGAAGAACUUCCACGAUGCUGUUACCUCCCCUGAACUGUCCUCAGCCCUGGACCAAGACACCAAGUCUCUGAUGCACUCUCUCUUCCGUCUCUUCGCUCUCCACACCCUUGAGCGCGAAGCCGCCGAAUUCUUCUCUUCGGGCGCUGUCACCGUGCGACAGAUCACUCUGACCCGCACAACAGCUGUAAUGAAGCUAUUAGACGAGGUCCGCCCACACGCUAUUCGCUUGGUUGAUGCUUGGGCCAUUCCCGACUGGCAGCUGGACAGCAGUCUCGGUCGCUCUGACGGCAAGGUCUAUGAAGAUCUGUUCCGCCGCGCCAGCGAGGAGAACCCGGUCAACGACCUGGUGUUUGACCCAUACCCGUGGAACAACAACGUUCUCAAGAACGAGCCGGCCAAGAGCAAGCUGUAA